UAGCGGGAAGAAGCGAAGGUUGGACGGAGUGCUUUGCUGCUGCUGCUGGGCCUCCCUCCGUCUUCUCUUUUUUUUGCAACCGAGGAAUGGCAAUGAUCCUCUGUGCCUGAAGACGAACCCUCGUGUCGCUGCAUGUGCUUUGUCUGCGAGAUGACCUUUUUUCUUCUUUCUCUUCUUCUUCUGCUUCUUCUUCUCCUCCCUCUUUCAAGCUUGUUGUCUUGCAGGUGAUCUCAGUCGAGUAACUUCAUUCAGAAGUCCGGACGAUGAGUGGCCCCUGAUUAAGCUCUGACCACUGUUGUGAUGUGAUGCGGUAUGAGGGAAGAGUGCAGGCAUCUGCGAGCAUAGGGUUGAGAGGAUGGCUAGGGCCGGACUUCGCAGGUUGGAGAAAACGCGAACUACAGGGGGGAGGGAAUGCUUUUUCUGGGAGGGAACGGGUUAGAGGAGGUGGAGUGGCCGAGAGGAGAGGGAAGGAGACGAGACGAGACGAGAGGGAAGGAGAGGAGAGGAGAGGAGAGGAGGGAUAUGUGUGACUGUUAUGAGAGCACAACUUCCGUGGAGUGUUGUGGUAUGCCGUCGUCUUGCCUGGUCUCUCUAAGGCGUUGUGAGGAUUGCGACGAUCUGUUCUAGUUGCACAACCCCUGGAAUGCGUGGGAGCUUGGCGCCGCGGUGGCGGAAUGUAUGCAAAUUUUUGUCGUGUGUGGCGGUUUGUAGACCUUCGGGAUUGGGCGGAACCAGGACGAUUUGGAGUCUCGUGGUUAGUGAUAUUGGGGUGUGCGGUAUUUUAAUCUCUUUAGACACCUCCUUCGUUCCUGUGGUUUGUUCUAUAGUUGUCUCUUGUCAUCUCUGGAGUUUGGAACGAUACUGCCACUCUCUUUCGAUUGGUAGCUCGUGUCUCUCUCAUUCGCGGUGCCUCCCUCAGAACUACGACAACGUAAAGAUUUUUGAACAGCCGACGAGUUCUCUGUUUGGGAGUGCAGUGUUGCUCAUCGAUUCAUUUGGCUGCGAGUGUAAACUUUUACACGUGUGUCCUUUAUGGUACCCGCCGCAAGCUGCCAGUUGUUGUGUGUUCCUUUCGCUGCCUCGAAGCUGAAGUGUUAAGCGGAAGCUAGAGCAGGAGCGGAGAAAAUAGCAGGAGGUGGCUUGAUCCUCCGCAGCCAUCAUGGAGCGCGGCCGCGAGGGUCGGCGUGGUAGUGGAGGGGGCGGUCUUGUUCAUCCUCCCAAACGACCGCGCACAGGUUUUAAAGACGCUGCAGGCGGCGACGAUGGCGACGACAUGAUGGACGAUGCACACAAUUCUCGGUUACGAGAGAGGUCGAAGAAAGACGGAAGCGGGGUGACGUCGAGUCACGGAGCGGCGACGAGCAUUGUAGGAGGUAGCAGCAGGAACAAAAGGAAGCGACCGAGUUCGCAAGAGAAGGUGGUGCAUGGUCGGAGCAGCCCGGCGGAGGAGGUGGAAGAGACGACGGAAGAUACAGAGAUGGGUGGAUCGGAGGACGACGACGAUCAUCCGCCACCCAUAAUACCGCGACGAUCGGGGAAGUCGCGGCCGCAGGCGAAGUUUGCGGAGGAUGGGAAUGCGGUGGAUCUUCCAGCGGUGCCAAGGAAGGCGCGCACAGCGAUUGGGAAGCGUCCGCACGAGGCAUCGACGCCACCGGUGGCGGAGUCGCCGGGGCACACGGGAGGAGUAGGGGGAGGGGCUGCGGCUCCAUCGAGCACGGUGUCAUCGUCAUCGAUAGCGUCAUUGAAGGCGGAAAAACGGACGAAACCAAGCGCAUCGAAACAGCGGGCUCACAAGUUGCCGAAGGUUUCAGCACUUUGUUUUAUAUCGGAGCAAGAAGUGGAAGUAGCAGAGGCCUUGUUCGACCUGGCAAGGAUGUUCACGCAACCUCUUCCUGCCGCUGUGGAAUCCAAGCCUGAGGCGAAAGCUGCUGACUUGCCGAAACUCGAUCCAAAUCACGAGACGAAAGCAUCACCUUCUUCUGCAAGCAUUGUGACAGCUCAUGUUUCCAACGGAGCUGCGGUCGUUUUAUCCUCCUCCAUCCCGACCCCUGCAUCAGGUCCUAACGUUAACGGGAGCGUGAAGGGUUCUUCACCUGGUGUACUCUCAACGCCUUCACCCAUUCGUUCUCCACCGUUACCAACAGCGGCACUUGCUGAGGCCGCGAAAAGAAAGCGACCUCGAGUGACAACUCGCACAGGAGAAGGUGGGUUGACUCAGUCGAGGGCAGGUCCAACCGCAGCUAAUGCUGCGCUGAGCUCCGUUGGAAGUGGUGCAGCUCAGGCGAAGGAUGCGAACCAAAGCACAAGUCAAGCAUCGAUUCCAGAUGGAGGUGCCGUGAAAACGGAGAGCAGUGGCACAGUGGCACCCCCUGUGUGUGCGAGUGCUGCGAGCGUGGCAGUCGCGGCAUGCGGUAUGGCAGACACAUCGAGUGUGGUGGCCACGACCGGCGCCACAGCGGUGGAAGGUCACGAUGGUGCAGUGGGUGGAACAGUCCCUCGCACGGACAAGACGGGUGCGGAGAGGAAGGUGGUGGAAUCGGACAAGAAGCUGGGUCCGAGCAGUGGUAACGCAGAAGUGGCCAGCUCGAUCUGUGAAGAGAAGAGAGAAGAGGGAUCCCCAGUUCGGGAGAAGAAGGGCACGAAGAGUGAGUGUGCGGACGUUGCAGGUGCAGUGAAAUCGGAGGUGGAUCCGAUGCGGAGCACGAGCGCUGGUGUGAAUGCAGUGAUCACGAAGGUGGAGCUUGAGAGAAGGUCUCCGGCGGCAGGUGGUCCGAGCGACGCAGAUCGGGUACCGAAGCGAGAAAUCGACCUGAUGGUGCCUCCAAGUAAACUGGAAGGAGCAUCGAGCAGUGAGAAGGGCGGCGAAAGCGGGAAUGGAGACGAGGAUGUUCGGGGUGCAACAGAGAAAGCUUCGGUCGACGCAGCAGUUGCAGCGGCUGCGGACAGCGCUUCAGCGGAGAGGGAAGGAGAGGGGCGGGAGUUAGAGCGCGCAGAGAUGGAGAGGAGGAGAGCGCAGGAAGAAGAGAUGGAUAGAGAAAUAGAGAAAGAGAAGGAGCGGCAGGGUGUAGGCGAACGAUCUGAAAGAGAGCAGCGACGUGAAGGAGAGAGUCAGAAAGAGGUAGCCGAGGAGACGGUGAAGGAGCGCGAGAAGGAGAAGGACAAGGUGGAGGAGCGGGCGGAGGCGAGCAAAGCAGGAGUGCAGAGGUCGAGCAAGAGCACGAAGAUGGAGAAUGGGAGGGUUCAGAAGGCGGAACGGGGAGGCAAUGGGGCGUCUGCAGCGACGUUUGUGGGGUGUGCAGCUGGCGGUGGUCCUGAUGCCGCAGGGGUGGGCGGGAAUGUGGCGGUUGUGCCUAUGUCGAUGGGGAUGCUGGGGUGGCAUGCAGGAAUGGCUGGGUACUAUCCGGCGGCGGCGGCGGCGGUGGCCACAGCAGCAGGAGGUGUUGGCGUGGACAGCUCUCCAGCAGUGCAGGUAUGAGAGUGGGGAGAGCGAGCGAGAGAGAUGGUGUGAGGGCGGUGUGAGUUGAGUUUUGG